UCUGGCAAAAUGUUUUUAAUAUUUGUGUCCAACAGCCAGUUCUCCUGUGCACCUGAAGCAGUUCUUGGAUUGGUUGAAAUAAUGUAUGGCUCGGUCCGAGUCACUUUGUCUCCCAUUUACAGAACGGGGACUGUACAAACACCGUACAGAGUGCACACACAGAAAGGACAGCUAGAGGACCAUGAGGAGUAAUUAUCGAAUUUGACAAAUAGUGCAGUGGAUUUCAAUUGUGGAACGUACCUUUUUAUAUAGUAUUUAACUUAAGUCGUAUACAGCAUUAUUGUGGUUUGGGGUAACUGCUAAUGCAUACUCAUUCUUAACAUUAGUUUGUAAAUUCACCAAAUACAUUAGUGUUGGAACACUGUUUGGUGCAGGUUAGUUACUGCCCCACUGAAAAUUAUUUACAGGGACGCAGUUCUUGCACCAAAAUCCUUGCAGGUACCACACAUUCUGUCAAACUGUUCAAAACAUGAAAAAGUUCAGAUGAUCUACUGCGUAUGGCUUAUGGUAGUGAUGUAUUCUGUCAAACAUAAUUUACGCCAUGGUUCUUGUCCUGUGUUUUGUUUGUAGGUAAGGAGAAAACAGUAUUUCCUCAUUUGUCCAUCUGGGGGCACUUUACCACAUGACACAUCAGUCCCAGCAUAAAUAUAAAACUACAUACAUUUACGGCCAGUGGAUAUGAAAUGAUCACUUUUAAUGUUACAGUGUAAUAACUGAAUUGGCAUAUUUAUGUUUGGCAUGACAUAGCCCGGUGAUCAAACUUACAGCAAAGAAAUGUAACAGCUGCUGACUCUGUAUCACGGACAUCUGGACACCGCAUGCGCGAUAUUUCGGUUGUAGGCAUGCGUAUUACGAUUGUAGCUAACAGUAGCAGAUUUGUCGCCACCGGUGGAAGAACAGAGAGCAGUGGCAAGCCAAUUGGAUCACCUAUAUUGAGAUCCCGUAAAGAAACCACGACCGUUUGUCAAUGGCCCAGUUUGGGGGACAGAAGAACCCUCCGUGGGCAGCCCAGUUCGCCGCAACUGCGGUUUCGCAACAGGGACACUCAGGACAAUCACUGGACCUUAGCAGUUUACACUCUCUAGGUGUUCAACAGUCUUCUCUGUUGGGAGCGUCCCCCUCCAUGUACUCCCAGCAGUCAGCAAUGGCUGCAGCCUCCAUGAACACGCAGUCUGCUGCCAACUACCAGAUCAGCCAGCAGACCGUUGCUCUGCAACAGCAAGCUGCAGCAGCUGCCGCAGCUGCCUUGCAACAGUCGCAGAUCAAUUCAGCACUGCAGCAGUAUCAGCAGCAGCAGCAGCAGCAGCAACAACAACAACAACAACAGCAGCAGCAGCAGCAGCAGCAACAGCAACCACCACCCCAGCCCCCUCCCCAGCAGACACUCUACAAUGUCCCUCACCAGCUCCCUCAGCCUCAGCAAGCCCUGCUCUCCCAGGCUAACACUCAAGACCCUUCAGACUACAGGACACAGGACAGGUUCUCUUCCAUCUUUCAGCCCCCGGUAGCCCUGCCCACCAGUCUUAGUAUGUCCAACCCACAGCAGACAGCCCAGAUCACCGUGUCCUACCCCACACCACGCUCCAGCCACCAGCAGCAGAGCCAGCCCCAGAAGCAGCGCGUCUUCACCGGGGUCGUCAACAAGCUACACGACACCUUCGGCUUUGUGGAUGAAGAUGUCUUCUUCCAGCUCAGUGCGGUGAAGGGAAAGACCCCACAGGUGGGGGACCGAGUUCUGGUGGAGGCUGUCUACAAUCCCAACAUGCCCUUCAAAUGGAACGCCCAGCGUAUCCAGACUUUACCUCAGCUGCCUAACCAGCAGUCGCAUCAGGUCCCCCAGACCUUACCUCAGGUUUCCCCACAGCUGUCCAGCUUUUACCCGCAGGACCCAGGGAUGCCACGCUACUCUGACAUGCAUUCUUCGGUGGACUCGAGACAAAAUAACCAGCCUCCGGGGCCCAACAUGAUGAAGCAGCCCCCCAACAUGAUGCAGUCUCUACCUCCACCCACCACCUUCAGCAUGCCCACCCAGGGUCCUCCGCCCUCCCUGCUGCAGGCCCAGAUCUCUGCUGCCUCCCUGGCCCCGCUGCUACAGAACCCCCCGCAACCUUUACUGUCCCAGCCUCCUCCCAAAGACUCUGUGUUCUCAGGGGGACUGCUGCAGCCCCCAGUGCGCAUGAUGGCCCAGCCCCUGCCGGUGCGGCGCAUCGAGCCCGCGCCCCGCUUCCCCAGCCGCAGCGACCGGGCCGAGCUCAUCCUGCGGAAGGAUGACCGCAGGUCAGCAGCUGCUUUCACGGACAUCACACGCACACACGUGGCCAACCCCAGGGCCAGUCCGCGACAUAUGGACAGAGAGCGUGAGCGCAGAAGGUCGAGAGAGCGCUCCCCAGCACGGAAGCGCUCCAGAGAUCGGUCUCCUCGCAGGGAACGCUCGCCCAGACGGCCACGCCGGGCUCUGCCUCGCUACACCGUGCAGUUCUCCAAGUUCUCCCUGGAUGGCUUCAACUGUGACAUGAUGGAGCUGCGCAGGCGCUACCACAGCCUCUACAUCCCCAGUGACUUCUUUGACGCCGUCUUCACCUGGGUGGACGCCUUCCCCCUGACCAGGCCCUUCCAAUUUGGGAACUACUGUAACUUCCACAUCAUGCACAAAGAGGUGGACGCCCUGGUGAAGAACACGGCUGUGCUAGACCCGCCCGAUGCCAACCACACCUACAGCGCUAAGGUGAUGUUGCUGGCCAACCCAAGCCUGGAGGAGCUCUAUCACAAGUCGUGUGCUCUGGCUGAAGACCCAUCGGAAGUCAAAGAGUCCUUCCAGCAUCCGGCCCGCCUCAUCAAGUUCCUGGUUGGCAUGAGGGGCAAAGAUGAGGCUAUGGCCAUCGGGGGCCACUGGUCUCCCUCCCUGGAUGGUGCCGACCCAGAGAAAGAUGCCUCAGUGCUGAUAAAGACAGCUAUACGCUGCUGUAAGGCUCUGACAGGCAUCGACCUGAGCUUAUGCACCCAGUGGUAUCGUUUUGCAGAGAUUCGCUAUCACCGCCCUGAGGAGACACACAAAGGGCGGACAGUCCCCGCACAUGUGGAGACAGUGGUUUUAUUUCUGCCGGAUGUUUGGCAUUGUCUUCCUACCCGCUCAGAGUGGGAGGGCCUGUCGCGUGGACUCCAGGAGCAGCUGGCAGAGAAACUCUUGGCCGAGCGCAAGGAGGCGGAUGGAGACCAGGAGGAAGAGGAGAAGGAUGAAGAAGACUCUAAGGAGGUCACCAAUCCCACCCACUGGGCUAAACUGGACCCCAAGUCCAUGAAGGUGAACGACCUGCGUAAGGAGCUGGAGAGUCGCUCUCUGAGCUCCAAGGGCCUGAAGUCUCAGCUGAUCGCUCGCCUCACCAAGCAGAUCAAGCUGGAGGAGCAGCAGGAGGAGACCAAGGAGCCCGAAAAGCCUGAGGUCCCCCCGCCUGAGGAGGAGGAUACGGCCCGCCAGGAGGACGACCAUGAGGAGGAGGAGCGAAAGCGGCAGGAGGAGGUGGAGCGUCAGCGUCGGGAGCGGCGCUACAUGCUUCCAGACGAGCCCACCAUCAUCGUCCAGCCCAACUGGGCCGCCAAGAAUGGCAAGUUUGACUGCAGCAUCAUGUCCCUCAGCGUGCUGCUCGACUAUCGGCUGGAGGACAACAAGGAGCACUCAUUUGAGGUAUCUCUGUUUGCCGAGCUCUUUAACGAGAUGCUGCAGCGAGACUUUGGCUUCCGGAUCUUCAAAGCUCUGGUUUCCUUGCCUUACAAGGAGGAGAAGAAGGACAAGAAAGAGAAGACCAAGAAGGACGCUGAGAAGAAAGAACCCGAGAAAAAGGAUAUAAAAAAGGAAAAGGAGGAAGAGAAUGGUGAGCCUGCCGGGAAGAAAAUGAAAGAAGAUGAGGAGAAGAAAAAGGAUGAAGAGAAGGAGAAGGUGCUGAAGAAAGAGGAGUCCAGAGAGGAGGAUGACGAGGAUGAAGGAAGCAAUAAUAACGCAGAGGAGUAUGACCCCAUGGAGGCCGAGGAUGCAGACGACUAUGAUGAUGACGACAAAGACGACGAGGACUCAAUAGGCAGAGAUCGACGAGAUGAGCGGCGAGACGACAGGAAGUCUAAGGAGAGAUCCUCUAAAGACAAGGAGGAGAAGAAGAAACAGAUGGUGACCUAUCACCGAGACCUGCUGAUGGCCUUUGUGUACUUUGAUCAGAGCCACUGUGGCUACCUGCAUGAGAAGGACUUGGAGGAGAUCAUGUACACACUGGGCCUGCACCUCUCCAGGGCCCAGGUAAAAAAGCUAGUAAGUAAACCAACGGCGAGGGACGCAUGUUUUUACCGGAAGCUGACCGAUGGGGCAAAAGAUGAGCCGGCUCCAAGUGUGACCUUUGAUUCGCCAAUAGAAAUCCUUUCAGGGAACAGAAACCUGCUGCCUUCCAUCAAGGGCAUGCGGUCGAACGAGGCUGCCGAGGGCAGCGAGUCGGGCAGUUUGAUCGUCUACAACGGGGCCAUGGUGGAUGUGGGGAGCAUGAUGCAGAAGCUGGACAAGAGUGAGAAGGCCCGGGAGGAGAUCGAACAGAAGCUCAUGCUGCAGGACACUAAAAUAGAGGAGGUUGCCAAGCACACGACGGAGCUGGAGAGCACCAAUCGUAACCUCACGCGCGAGCUGGAGGAGGUGAAGAGCCGCCUGAGUGACACCGAGGGGAGUCUGAGGAGCGCAGAGGAGCAGAAGACCUGCUUCCACGAGCAGCUGCAGAAAACCGCCGCCAACCUAGACGGAGUGAUGAAGGAUUUACAGAGUGUAUUUACAAAGGAGGAAUCCACUGAACCCAGUGACCAAAAAGUCCAGGCGAAUGGCUCCGAUGAAUGAAUGCCUUUUUUGAUUUAGGAGGAAUCCUUUCUUACAGAAUUGUAUAUAGGCACUAAACCAAUAUAAUUUCAAACUGAUUUUAUUUUGACAAGUGUUUUGACAGAUGUUGCGGUGUACAGUUUUCCAGAUAGGUGGGUUCAUUGUAAUUUGGUGAUAUUCUCUAACUCACAUUUCAUGGGUCUUCAUUUGGUCAGGGCAAAUGUCUUGUUUAUUUAUGUUGGUUCAAAAAGCAGUUAUAAAUGAAAAUAAGUUUUAAUAUUUAAAGUGUUGUUAUUAAUAUGAAAACAAUCUGUUGAAAUGAUUUCUUGCUUUUGGCUUUCUGUUGCAAAUUUUGUGUUGUGCUCAGCCAACCUCCCCUGACGACACCUGUACAACAUUUGUGCCAGUAUGUGACAGUUGUACUCUUUCAGCCUUUGAUUAGCAAUAAUAGUAAUAUUUAUGUUGACAUGGUUUAAUAUAGAAAGGUUGUUCUACUGAAAUUUAAAUAAUGCCCUGAAAAGACCAUCUGAUGAAAACACAGACGGCUGUCAGAGUAACGGUUGCAAUGACAUGGUGCCUCCUUAUCAUCACUAACUAACUUGUUGCCAAGCAGUCAUACAUUUGGAUAAUCUGAUGCAUGUAUUGUUCUCAAUUCAAGAAAGCUCCAGGUUUUGUGAAUCAUCACAUUAAUUCAGGGUGACCUGGUUUUGGACGUUAUCAUUCUGUUUUUCAUUGCAAGGGGAAAUUACCUAGAGACAAAUGAUCAAGACUACAGUUCUGCUAAGGUAUAUAAAGUGCAGUUUCCAUAAAUAUAGUAAGUGGUCAUUUUAGAGAGUAACUUUUUCUAGAACAGUUCAAGAAGCAACGACUAUAGCUCUGAGCUGAGAUCUUUAGUUUUGGUCCUCUUUCUUUGAAAUGAAGGCAAAGUGCUGUGAAUGGUAUAUAGGUAAUAGAGAAGAGCCAAACUUAGUCAAACUGAACCCAAAGCAGCCUAUUAAGUGCAUAUUAUUUUUCUAUUUCAGAUGUACUUUAAGGUUGUCUUGUGCAGAAAAUAAAUGUGGUUCUUUUUAACAUAAA